GACGUCGACUGCGAGACAGCUGCCCGCACCGCCGAUUCCGUUCCUGCAGCCCACGCCGCCGCAGCCCGCACCGCCGCCUUCAGCCCUACACCGUCUCUGCCGCACUCUCGCCCACCGUCGCCGCCGCCGUCGCCGCCGCCGCCCGCACGCGCACGCCGCGACCGCCCCGGACAUCCACAAUGGCGGACGCAUCCGCGCAGCCCAAGCCCAGCAGCAGCGUCAAGCUGGUGCUGCUCGGCGAGGCUGCCGUGGGAAAGUCCUCGCUCGUCAUGCGCUUCGUCAACAACGACUUCCAAGAGAACAAGGAGCCGACGAUAGGCGCCGCCUUCCUCACCCAGAAAUGCAACCUGCCCACCCGCACAAUCAAGUUCGAGAUCUGGGACACGGCCGGCCAGGAACGCUUCGCCUCGCUCGCGCCCAUGUACUACCGCAACGCCCAAGCCGCCCUCGUCGUCUACGACAUCACAAAGCCCUCGUCGCUCACCAAGGCCCAGCACUGGGUCGCCGAGCUGCACCGCCAGGCCUCACCCGGCAUCGUCAUCGCCCUCGUCGGCAACAAGGCCGACCUGGCCACCGACCCCGCUGACGACGCCCCCGAGGACGCCGACGCUGUGCCCGCUGCCGAAGGCGAGGACCCCGCCGACGAGGACGGCACCGAUGCGCGGCGGGUGCCCAUCAAGACGGCCAAGGCCUACGCCGACGAGGAGAGCCUGCUGUUCUUCGAGACGAGCGCGAAGACGGGGCAGAACGUCGCCGAGGUCUUCACCGCCAUCGCAAACGCCAUUCCCGAGACGAGCCUCAAGGGCCCGCGCGGCGUCGGCGGCCAGACCAACCUGGGCCGCCAGGAAGAUGCCCGCGUCAACCUGGGGACUGCCCGGACCGAGGGCGCGAAGGAGGGCUGCGCUUGCUGAGGUACCGAACGGACGCUGUAGUAAUCAAGCCAGAGCUUUUUGCUUU